UCCAGGAUGCAUCUCCCUGCCAAGACACAACUUGGCGCCACCCAGAAACGGCGGAGGCCCCGUAUCAAACCACGUAGCCCUUCUUGCUUCCUUUUGUUAUGCUAUGUAAUCUUGAGCAUUUAGUAAGCCUCUUAAGGCUCCCCAAACACUGUUGGGAGACUGACAACUUAAGCUGACACAGUCGUCUCAGAAGAGACUUCUGUAAUGGCGCCUGCGUCAGUCACUAACAUGGCGGACACAGUCGUGCGCGGCGCAAACGUCAGCACCUCUACCCCAGCCGCUCAGAAACAGCGGAGGAGAACUGGGCCGUGCUCAGUGAUUGGCCCAGCGGCGGAGCGUGCCGGUCUGGACGCUCCCACAGAAGCCAAUCAGGACGCCGAGAGACGGAAUUGGCCGCUGCGCCUCCUCCCGAGGCAUGCUGGGAGCCUGGAGGACUAGCGAGGAGGAGUUGAGAGAACGGAGCGGACGCCAUGGCGACCAACAUCGAGCAGAUUUUUAGGUCUUUCGUGGUCAGUAAAUUCCGGGAAAUUCAACAGGAGCUUUCCAGUGGAAGGAGUGAAGGCCAGCUCAAUGGUGAAACAAAUACACCUAAUGAAGGAAACCAGGCAGGUGAUGCAGCUGCCUCUGCCAGGAGCCUCCCAAAUGAAGAAAUAGUUCAGAAGAUAGAGGAAGUACUUUCUGGGGUCUUAGAUACAGAACUACGAUAUAAGCCAGAACUGAAGGAGGCUUCCAGAAAAAGUAGAUGUGUAUCUGUACAAACAGAUCCUACUGAUGAAAUUCCCACCAAAAAGUCAAAGAAGCAUAAAAAGCACAAAAAUAAAAAGAAGAAAAAGAAGAAAGAAAAGGAAAAAAAGUAUAAAAGACAACCAGAAGAAUCUGAAUCAAAGGCAAAAUCACAUCAUGAUGGGAACAUAGAUUUAGAAUCGGAUUCCUUUUUGAAGUUUGAUUCUGAACCUUCAACGAUGGCACUGGAGCAUCCUGUAAGAGCAUUUGGCCUUUUUGAGACCAGUGAAUCUCCUGAGGUUGUGUUAGAACCUCCUGUGGUAUCAAUGGAGAUAUCAGAGCCACACACUUUAGAAACUCUGAAGCCAGCUACAAAAACUGCAGAACUGUCCAUUGCAUCAACAUCAGUAAUUUCAGUGCAGUCAGAGCAGUCUGUGGCAGUCAUGCUGGAACCAUCCAUGACAAAGAUUCUGGAUUCCUUUACAACGGCACCAGUGCCUACUACAUCAGUAGUGUUAAAGUCACCUGAGCCAGUUGUAACAAUGUCAACGGAGUAUCAGAUGAAGCCUGUGGUGAAAUCUUUGGAGACCACACCUCCAGAGCAAUCAAAGAUCAUGCUAGAAUCUCCAGUAGCAAAAGGGCUAGAGCCAUCAGAAACCCUUGUGGUAUCAUCCGAGAUACCUACUGAGGUACACCCUGAGCCAAGCACAUCAACAACAAUGGAUUUUCCAGAGUCAUCUGCAACUGAAGGGUUCAGAUUGCCAGAGCAGCCUGUAGAAGUACCAUCGGAGAUUGCAGAUUCAUCCAUGACAAGACCACAGGAGUUGCUGGAGCUGCCUAAGACCACAGCGUUGGAGCUGCCGGAGUCGUCGGUGGCCUCAGUGAUGGAGUUGCCGGGGCCACCUGCGACCUCCAAGCUGGAGUUGCAGGGGCCCCCUGUGACUCCAGUGCUGGAGUUACCUGGGCCCUCUGCUACCCCAUUGCCAGAGCUGCCAGGCCCCCUUUCUACCCCAGUGCCUGAGUUGCUAGGGCCCCCUGCGACGGCAGUGCCUGAGUUGCCGGGGCCCUCUGCGACAUCAGUGCCACAGUUGUCGCAGGAAUUGCCAGGGCUUCCAGCACCAUCCGUGGGGUUGGAGCCACCACAGGAGGUACCAGAGCCACCUGUGAUGGCACAGGAGUUGCCAGGGCUGCCUGCGGUGACAGCAGCAGUAGAGUUGCCAGGGCAGCCUGCGGUAACAGUAGCAAUGGAGUUGACCGAACAACCUGUGACGACAUCAGAGUUGGAGCAGCCUAUGGGGAUGACAACGGUGGAACAUCCUGGGCAGCCUGAGGUGACAACGGCAACCGGGUUGCUGGGGCAGCCUGAGGCAGCGAUGGUGCUGGAGUUGCCAGGACAGCCAGUGGCAACGACAGCGCUGGAGUUGCCGGGGCAGCCUUCGGUGACUGGGGUGCCAGAGUUGCCAGGGCUGCCUUCGGCAACUAGGGCACUGGAGUUGUCAGGGCAGCCUGUGGCAACUGGGGCACUGGAGUUGCCUGGGCAGCUCAUGGCAACUGGGGCACUGGAGUUCUCGGGGCAGUCUGGGGCAGCUGGAGCACUGGAGCUUUUGGGGCAGCCUCUGGCAACAGGGGUGCUGGAGUUGCCAGGGCAGCCUGGGGCACCAGAGUUGCCUGGGCAGCCUGUGGCAACUGUGGCGCUGGAGAUCUCUGUUCAGUCUGUGGUGACAACGGAGCUGUCAACGAUGACCGUGUCGCAGUCCCUGGAGGUGCCCUCGACGACAGCGCUGGAAUCCUAUAAUACGGUAGCACAGGAGCUGCCUACUACAUUAGUGGGGGAGACUUCUGUAACAGUAGGAGUGGAUCCCUUGAUGGCCCAGGAAUCCCAUAUGUUAGCUUCUAACACCAUGGAGACCCAUAUGUUAGCGUCCAACACCAUGGACUCCCAAAUGCUAGCGUCCAACACCAUGGAUUCCCAGAUGCUAGCGUCCAACACCAUGGAUUCCCAGAUGUUAGCUUCUAGCACCAUGGACUCCCAGAUGUUAGCAACUAGCUCCAUGGACUCCCAGAUGUUAGCAACCAGCUCCAUGGACUCCCAGAUGUUAGCAACCAGCUCCAUGGACUCUCAGAUGUUAGCAACCAGCUCCAUGGACUCCCAGAUGUUAGCAACCAGUUCCAUGGACUCUCAGAUGUUAGCAACCAGUUCCAUGGACUCUCAGAUGUUAGCAACCAGCUCCAUGGACUCCCAGAUGUUAGCAACCAGCACCAUGGAUUCCCAGAUGUUAGCAACCAGCACCAUGGAUUCCCAGAUGUUAGCUACUAGCUCUAUGGAUUCUCAGAUGUUAGCAUCAGGCACUAUGGACUCUCAGAUGUUAGCCUCCGGCACCAUGGAUGCUCAGAUGUUGGCAUCUGGUACCAUGGAUGCCCAGAUGUUAGCAUCUAGUACCCAAGAUUCUGCUAUGUUGGGUUCAAAAUCUCCUGAUCCCUACAGGUUAGCUCAGGAUCCUUACAGGUUAGCUCAGGAUCCCUAUAGGUUAGGUCAUGACCCUUACAGGUUAGGUCAUGAUGCCUACAGGUUAGGGCAAGACCCCUAUAGAUUAGGCCAUGAUCCCUACAGACUAACUCCUGAUCCCUAUAGGAUGUCACCUAGACCCUAUAGGAUAGCACCCAGGUCUUACAGAAUAGCCCCCAGGCCAUACAGGUUAGCACCAAGACCCCUGAUGUUAGCAUCUAGACGUUCUAUGAUGAUGUCCUAUGCUGCAGAACGUUCCAUGAUGUCAUCUUAUGAACGCUCUAUGAUGUCCUAUGAGCGGUCUAUGAUGUCCCCUAUGGCUGAGCGCUCUAUGAUGUCAGCCUAUGAGCGCUCUAUGAUGUCAGCCUAUGAGCGCUCUAUGAUGUCCCCUAUGGCUGAGCGCUCUAUGAUGUCAGCUUAUGAACGCUCUAUGAUGUCAGCUUACGAGCGCUCCAUGAUGUCCCCAAUGGCUGACCGAUCUAUGAUGUCCAUGGGUGCCGACCGGUCUAUGAUGUCGUCCUACUCUGCUGCUGACCGGUCUAUGAUGUCAUCGUACUCUGCAGCUGACCGAUCUAUGAUGUCAUCUUACACUGCUGAUCGUUCAAUGAUGUCUAUGGCAGCUGAUUCUUACACCGAUUCAUAUACUGAUACAUAUACGGAGGCAUAUAUGGUGCCACCUUUGCCUCCUGAAGAGCCUCCAACAAUGCCACCAUUGCCACCUGAGGAGCCACCAAUGACACCACCAUUGCCUCCUGAGGAACCACCAGAGGGUCCAGCAUUACCUAGUGAGCAGUCAGCAUUAACAGCUGAAAACACUUGGCCUACUGAGGUGCCAGCAUUACCUCCUGAAGAGUCUGUGUCGCUCUCUGAUCCUUCUGUGAGUCAAAAUGAGAUUUCGGAGCCUUCGGCAUUGUCUGCUAAUUAUUCGGUGUCAACAUCAGAUCCUUCGGUGUUAGCAUCAGAGGCUGCUGUGACUGUUCCAGAACCACCGCUAGAGCCAGAGUCUUCGGUUACAACAACACCUGUAGAGUCUGCUGUAGUAGCAGAAGAACAUCAAGUUGUUCCAGAGAGAGGAGUGACUUACAUGGUAUCUGAAACUCCCAUGAUGUCAGCUGAACCAACUGUAUUACUAUCAGAGUCUUCAGUUAUGUCUGAGACGGCAGAGACCUUUGAUUCCAUGAAAGCUUCAGGACAUGUUGCCCCAGAGGUGUCUCUGUCUCUCUUGGAGCCAGCUGCAACUAAUCCAGAGCCAUCACAGAGCACUCUAGAGCUGCCAGCCAUGGCUGUUUCAGAGCUUCCAGCUGUGGCUGUCCCAGAGCCACCAACUGGGACUGUUCCAGAGCCCCCAGCUGUGGCAGUCCUGGAGACCCCAGCCAUGGCUAUCACAGACCCAACAGCUGUGGCUGUCUCUGACCCAGUAGCUGUGGCUGUUCCAGACCCACCUGCUGAGGCUGUCCCUGAGACCCUGGCCUUGGCCGAGUCAGAGCAUGUUACCACUCCUGUGCCAGCUGUUUCUACCCUGGAGCCUGCUGUGCCUGGCCUGGAACCAGCAGUGUCAGUUCUUCAACCUAAUGCAGUUGUUUCAGAACCAUCUGUUUCUGUCCAAGAAUCCACUGUGAUAAUUUCAGCGCCUGCUGUCACUGUCUCAGAGCAGACACAAGUAAUACCAACUGAGAUGGUUUUAGAGUCUACAACAAUGAUACUGGAGUCUAGUGUUACAAAAGGAGUGAAUUUACUCUCUGGUGAUCAAAAUCUUGCUCCAGAGAUUGGCAUACAGGAGAUUCCCAUGAAUUCAGAUGAAGAGCCACAUGCUGAAGGACACCUGAAGAACGACCCUUAUGAAAGUGAACAUGGUACAAAUAUAGACCUUAAUAUAAAUAAUCAUUUAGUUGCUAAAGAGGUGGAACAUAAUACAUUAGUGUCUGCUGCCAGCACUGGUGCUGUUGGUGAAAUUGGUGAAGGGAAUAUUUUGUCCAUCAAUGAGACUAAACAAUGCACAGUAUUGGAUACCUGCUCUAGUGUUAAUGAAGCUGAUGGAGGAACUCUAUCUUCUGCUGGUCCCCCUGCUCUUGAAUCUGAUGCAAUGGGAACUAGUAAGGGUAUUGAAUUUGCCACAGCGUCUGCUCUCGGUUCAGUUAGUAAUUAUGAUGUUGAAGUAUCGUUAACUACUCAAGAUACUGAACAUGACAUGAUAAUUUCCACUAGCCCUAGUGGUGGUAGUGAAGCUGACAUAGAGGGACCUUUGCCUGCUAAAGACAUUCAUCUUGAUUUAACAUCUAAUAACUUUAUUAGUAAGGAUGCAGAAGGACCAUUAUCUAUAAAAGACUGUGACCAGACAUUAGCAGUAGCUCUCAGUCCUAAAGAAAGUAGUGGAGAAGAUAAAGAAGUACCUCUCCCUACUAAAGAGAUACUGUCUGAUUCAGGAUUUUCUGCCAAUAUUGAUGAUAUUAAUGAAGCAGAUUUAGUGAGACCGUUACUUCCUAAGGACAUGGAACGUCUUACAAGCCUUAGAGCUGGUAUUGAAGGACCUUUACUUGCAAGUGAGGUUGAACGUGACAAAUCUGCUGCCAGUCCAGUUGUAAUCAGUAUACCAGAAAGAGCUUCAGAGUCGUCUUCAGAGGAAAAAGAUGAUUAUGAAAUUUUUGUAAAAGUUAAGGACACACAUGAGAAAAGCAAGAAAAACAAAAACCGAGACAAAGGUGAGAAAGAGAAGAAAAGAGACUCUUCAUUAAGAUCUCGAAGUAAGCGUUCCAAGUCUUCUGAACACAAAUCACGCAAGCGUACCAGUGAAUCUCGUUCUAGGGCAAGGAAGAGAUCAUCUAAGUCCAAGUCUCAUCGCUCUCAAACACGUUCAAGGUCCCGUUCAAGGCGCAGGAGGAGGAGCAGCAGGUCAAGGUCAAAGUCCAGAGGAAGGCGAUCUGUAUCAAAAGAGAAGCGUAAAAGAUCUCCAAAGCACAGGUCGAAGUCCAGGGAAAGAAAAAGAAAAAGAUCAAGUUCCAGGGAUAACCGGAAAACAGUUAGAGCUCGCAGUCGCACCCCAAGUCGUCGGAGUCGGAGUCACACUCCAAGUCGCCGAAGAAGAUCUAGAUCUGUGGGGAGGAGGAGCUUUAGUAUUUCCCCAAGCCGCCGCAGCCGCACCCCAAGCCGCCGCAGCCGCACCCCAAGCCGCCGCAGCCGCACCCCAAGCCGCCGCAGCCGCACCCCUAGCCGCCGCAGCCGUACCCCUAGCCGCCGCAGCCGCACCCCUAGCCGCCGGAGAAGAUCAAGGUCUGUGGUAAGGAGACGAAGCUUUAGUAUCUCACCAGUAAGAUUAAGGAGAUCACGAACACCCUUGAGAAGAAGGUUUAGCAGAUCUCCCAUCCGUCGUAAACGAUCCAGGUCUUCUGAAAGAGGCAGAUCACCUAAACGUCUGACAGAUUUAAAUAAGGCUCAAUUACUUGAAAUAGCCAAAGCUAAUGCAGCUGCCAUGUGUGCUAAGGCUGGUGUUCCUUUACCGCCAAACCUAAAGCCUGCACCUCCACCUACAAUAGAAGAGAAAGUUGCUAAAAAGUCAGGAGGAGCUACUAUAGAAGAACUAACUGAGAAAUGCAAACAGAUCGCACAGAGUAAAGAAGAUGAUGAUGUAAUAGUGAAUAAGCCUCAUGUUUCGGACGAAGAGGAAGAAGAACCUCCUUUUUAUCAUCAUCCCUUUAAACUCAGUGAACCCAAACCCAUUUUUUUCAAUCUGAAUAUUGCUGCAGCAAAGCCAACUCCACCAAAAAGCCAGGUAACAUUAACAAAAGAGUUUCCUGUGUCAUCUGGAUCUCAGCAUCGAAAAAAAGAAGCAGAUAGUGUUUAUGGAGAAUGGGUUCCUGUAGAGAAAAAUGGUGAAGAAAACAAAGAUGAUGAUAAUGUUUUCAGCAGCAAUUUGCCCUCUGAGCCUGUGGACAUCUCAACAGCAAUGAGUGAGCGGGCACUUGCUCAGAAAAGACUCAGUGAGAAUGCAUUUGACCUUGAGGCCAUGAGCAUGUUAAAUCGAGCUCAGGAACGGAUUGAUGCCUGGGCUCAGCUGAACUCCAUUCCUGGUCAGUUCACCGGAAGUACGGGAGUACAGGUUCUGACACAAGAACAGCUGGCUAAUACUGGUGCCCAAGCCUGGAUUAAAAAGGAUCAGUUCUUAAGAGCAGCCCCGGUAACUGGAGGAAUGGGAGCCGUUUUGAUGAGAAAAAUGGGCUGGAGAGAAGGAGAAGGAUUAGGAAAAAACAAAGAAGGAAAUAAGGAACCUAUCCUAGUUGAUUUUAAGACAGACCGAAAAGGUCUUGUUGCAGUAGGAGAAAGAGCACAAAAGAGGUCCGGAAACUUCUCUGCUGCAAUGAAAGAUCUGUCAGGCAAACAUCCUGUGUCUGCUUUGAUGGAAAUCUGUAAUAAGAGAAGGUGGCAACCACCAGAAUUUCUCUUGGUCCAUGAUAGUGGCCCAGAUCAUCGCAAACAUUUUCUCUUUAGGGUAUUGAGAAAUGGAAGCCCUUACCAGCCCAAUUGUAUGUUUUUCUUGAAUAGGUAUUGAUAAAUGGAAGCGCUUACCAGCCCAGCUUUGCCAGCCCUAAUAAGAAGCAUGCUAAAGCCACAGCAGCUACUGUGGUUCUUCAAGCAAUGGGCCUUGUACCAAAGGACCUCAUGGCUAAUGCCACUUGCUUCAGGAGUGCCUCACGUAGAUAGAUUGAGGUUUUAUAUUAAUCAUUUCAGAUAAUUUUACUCUGCAUCAAAAUGUUAUUUCCUCUUUAAUGUUGUAAAUAUUUGGCAAUUUAAGACAUUGUGUAAAAAGCAAUCUGUACAAACAUCUCCAGGCUUUGAUUUUUGUACCAUGGAAAUUGUAUUUAACCAUACAGGGUUUUGGUAUGUUUAUAUUGUUUACCUUAGUGAUGUAUUUGUUUAAGUGGCUAACAUCCAAACGAUUGUUUGAAGGCAUCCGUAAUCUUCAGUGUGGAAUGUUAAAUAACGCUUUUAUACUGUAUUUUGUACUAUGAUGUAACCUCCCUUCCUUAUGGCUAGGCUGCUGUAACACUUGCCUGUAAUCAGUGAAGGGCUGUGCACCUUGUACUAGUUCACAAUGGGUUCUGCUGGACAGAUACUGGGCCAGUGUUACUGAGGUAAUCAAGCAAGAUCUGUUCCACAGGGCUAAUAGCCACCAUCUCCCCUGAAAAUUUUGUAGAGGUUAUAAAAAGAAAGUGGUAUGUUGUGUGAUGAUCUGCACCAAGUCCUGCAUUCCCAUCAAAGCCACUUGGGCCAUGAGAAGGGAGUCAAAAUGAAGUCCGAUUAGAAUUCUACUGCAGAGGCCAAGUACAUUUAGUAUGGCAUUGAGUUGUGAUAUAGUUUUACUUUGAUGUGCAUUUUGAAUUUCAGCUACACCUAGAUAGACGUUAAAUGAUAAUUAAAAUGCUGUAACCAACUUAUCUAAUAAAAUCGGCACCCAGCCACUAUUUUGUUGACUAUGAGAAAGUUUAAGUUUAUGUUAAUUUUUAGGGUCUGAUAGAAUAUUUCAUGUGUAUUACAGUGGUAUUCAUAAUGCUAUGUCUCUAAACUUUAUUUUCAAAAGCUUAAGGCCCAAAUAUAAACUUCUCUGGAAUAAAUGUGGUGUUUUAUUUUCUGCACCUUAAAGUGAACACAUACUUCUUCACUAAAUACUGUUAAUUCUUUACCCAGUGCUUUUGAUUUCUAAGUACUUUUAUUUUUAAGAAAAUCUGAAUCACACGCACGCACACGCACACACACGC